AGAAGCCCAAGCUUCUGUCUCCUCGUCCAUUCAGUGCGAAGGCCCUACAAGUGCGCUAAGUAAAUAAGUAGAUUGCUCGACCAAGAUGGGCGCGCCUCAGUCUCGUCUUUGGAUCUCGUUUGCGGAAGAAAAUUGCCACCAAGAAGUACGAGGCUGCGCAGCCGCGGGCCGGCUGUUCGGAUAACAUCCCGGAGCUGCGCAGGCUGCAAACCUCCACGGCCACCUACCAGCCGGGCUUGUGGCGUGGAGGGGCCGCUAUCGGUGCAGCAGUCCCCCGCGUUGACACGUUGAGACCAAUACCGCCGGCGGCGCCGCAAUUCGUUGCGGCCGAUAUGAGUCUGAAGGAACUGGCCGCGGGCGGGUAGUUUGUCUGUGCCCUGUUUCCUUCGUCGGUGACGAGGAGAGUCCGCCGCGAUUCAGGGCGUCAAAGAAGGCCGGGCGGGCCUUGGGCCGGCGGGCCUGCCGGUUGGGGGAUGGGCUACGGUGGCCGAGUCGUUUCGCUCUCCCCAGCCGGCGGCCAUCAAAAAAAGACGCAGCCGGGCGGCCCUCGCUCGGCGGCCCAUGGCGUUCGUGAUUUCCCCCUGGCGUGCCGCGGCCUCGCCAACAGUCAGAAGCGCACUAGUUGCGCCGGCCUCCGCCAGGGGCCGGCGCGCAAGUUUUUUGCUUUGCAACUUGACAGCGUGCUUCCUUCGACAUCGGCCUCCAUAAGAGCGGGGGCCCGCUAUGCCAGUAGCCCCGCGCUGGUGGCCCUCCGUCUCGGCCGAGCGCGCCCACAUCCGCGCGCUUUACCCACUGGGCCAGCGCGCAACUCACGCAUACUUCGCCGCGGCCUGGCGCUGUGUCUAGCUACAGGUGGCCGGCCUUCGGGGUGGAGUUGCGAUUGCUGUUUAGCGGCUUCUUGCCCGGCCCCCGCGCGAUCAUGGUGUGCUUACCAUUGACGCCAUACUUGGACUGGGGGAGAAGCAUCGUCGUCGGCGAAGUAAGAGAU